GAUCGACAAAAAUGACAAAGGCUAUAUAAUAGAUAUGAAGGUUGAUAUAUGCUUACCAGUGGAUGAAGAAAAACUUUGCAUCCCGAGAAAUGGUAUCAUAUUGAUGAAAAAUCAGGAAAUACCCCUUUGUGAUGCAAGAAAAUGGGUAGAAUUCAAAGAUUUCUCGCUCGAGGAAUGGAUGCAAGCAAAAGGAGAGGACGUCAAUGCACAGUUGUCAAAUGCAGGCCGAGAAGCCCUCAUAGAUUAUCUUGGACUGAAAGGGUGGAUAUUGGAAACGCCAUGUGAUCGCAAAAGACCUCCAUAUAGCCCAGCAAUAAGUGGAUGGAAUAACUUGUGUCCAUUAAGCUUUGUACGGCUUCCGAAGAUACAAAAUGAGAACAAAAUCUCGUGCAGUGUUCCCGAUUACUGUACAGGAAUAGACUGUUGUGUGGAUAUAGAUAACAUUGGACUGUCUAUCCGGGCCUUCUUAGACAUCAACCUAUGUAACUAUAUCGUAUCUGGUGGAAUUGAGACACAUAAUUUCUCUUUCUCUCUGUUCAACUACGAAUGGGGGAAGACAGAAACAGAAACAAUAUUGGACUUUCUUCGUCUCACAUACUCUAUCAAAAAGCCUGCGAAUGAGAAAGUAUUUAUAGUGACGCUGGAAGUUGCGGUAUGUUUCGAAAGUGAUGGACCUUGUCUAUUUACGAAGAAAGUUUUUGACGGCACUGAAAUACCACAAAUUGGAUGUGACAUGACCAUUGACUUUUCAAAAUUUUCCAUGUCGACUUGGUUGGAAAAUAAUGGACUUAGUUCAAUUGAACCUUUACAUAUUAGAUGGGAAGAGGCAGUUAAAUUUGUUUUGGCGGUCAUAGGAGUGGACAAAUACCUGUUGGAGGACCCUUGCACUGUAGAAGAUGAAGUAUAUAAUGGUGCAGUAGAUAACUGGAAUAACGAAUGUGGAUUCAUUACAUCAGACCUCCCAGGACUUCCGGCAUCUUCUGUUUGUCAUAUAUCAUCUUCUUGCACAGCUGUGGAAUGUUGUGUCGGUGUCGAUUACCUUAAAAUUACAGUUCAUGUAUCCCUCGAAAUAGAUUUCUGUGAUUUUGUCAUUAAAGGAAGUUUGGAGAAAAUUUCAUUUGAACUGAAUCUCAUUAAUUAUGACUGGGGUAAGUUAAAUUGAUGUAAGUAAACAUGUUGUUGUUUUUCUUUUUCUUUUUUAGCAAUGGCUGUGUUACAUUUAAAAGGUAUGUUGUUCGAGCUAACAGAAAAAAACCUCAGAUCUACUACGUACCUGGAUAUUACCUUUAUUAAAAGAAAUGCCGGAUGAUCACGUCUUUAUUCCAUGAAUAAUCAAACACAUACAUUGUUCCAAUGAACCAGUUUCGUAUCCUGCUUAGAUAACAAAUUAGCAAAUCUUUAGUA